AAAAACUCUCUCCUCUUUAGCCUCCGCACUUUAUCGUCAAUGGCGGCAACGGGCCACCUGCUCACUCUCAAUCUCACUCCUUCCCUUUCGUCCCACCGAAAAUUAGCCCCCGCCACAGCCGCCACCACCACCGCCACCCCCCGGCUCCCCUCCAACACCGUCAAAUGUGACCAUUCCUCCCACUCCUCCCCUCUAAACCCUAAACCCCUAAAAUCCUCACCUCCCAAACCCCUCCUCACCCUCACCAAAGCCCUAGCAGUCUCUGCCGCCACCGGAAUCCUCUUCCACCUAGCCUCCUCCGCUCCUUCUUUCAUCGGAGGCGGUCCCGGCGGUCCCGGCGGCGGAGGAGACGGGGGCGGUGGUGGAGACGGCGGUUUCUGGUGGAGAUUAUUCUCUCCGCCGGCAAUCGCGAAGGACGACGACGAGGCGGCCUCGCAGUCUCAGGAAUGGGACUCUCACGGACUACCUGCCAACAUUGUGGUCCAGCUAAACAAGCUCAGUGGGUUCAAGAAAUACAAGCUCUCGGAGAUCUUGUUCUUCGAUCGCCGCCGCUGGACCACCGUCGGCACCGAGGACUCUUUCUUCGAGAUGGUCUCGCUUCGUCCCGGCGGCAUAUACACCAAAACCCAGCUGCAGAAAGAGCUUGAAACCCUAGCCACUUGUGGGAUGUUCGAAAAAGUCGAUCUUGAAGGCAAGACCAACCCAGACGGGACGAUUGGAGUCACGAUAUCGUUCACGGAGAGUACAUGGCAAUCGGCUGAUAAGUUUAGGUGUAUCAAUGUGGGUCUAAUGCAGCAAUCGAAGCCAAUCGAAAUGGACCCUGAUAUGACCGAGAAGGAGAGAAUCGAGUAUUUCAGGAGUCAAGAGAAGGACUAUAGGAGGAGAAUUGAGAGAGCGAGGCCGUGUUUGUUGCCCAUGGCAGUGCAUAGGGAGGUAUUGCAGAUGUUGAGGGAACAAGGGACGGUGAGUGCACGGUUGUUGCAGAAGAUUCGGGAGCUUAAUAGGCAGCAGUGGUAUCAUGACGAGGGGUAUGCUUGCGCACAGGUUGUGAAUUUCGGGAAUUUGAAUACGAAGGAGGUUGUUUGUGAGGUGGUGGAAGGAGAUAUCACCCAGUUGGUGAUUCAGUUCCAGGAUAAGCUUGGCAAUGUGUGCGAGGGGAACACCCAAUUUGGAGUCGUGAGGCGAGAAUUGCCCAAACAGCUCCGACAAGGGCGUGUUUUCAACAUAGAAGCAGGGAAACAAGCUCUGAGGAACAUAAACUCGCUAGCUUUGUUUUCCAAUAUUGAAGUUAAUCCACGGCCAGACGAGAAAAAUGAGGGAGGCAUUAUUGUGGAGAUAAAGCUCAAAGAACUAGAACAGAAGUCGGCUGAAAUCAGUACCGAAUGGAGUAUUGUACCUGGACGGGGAGGUCGCCCUGCACUGGCUUCAAUUCAGCCCGGCGGAACUGUUUCCUUUGAGCAUCGGAACCUCAAAGGGUUAAACAGGUCCAUUCUUGGUUCAGUGACUACUAGCAACUUCCUCAAUCCUCAGGAUGACCUUUCUUUUAAGCUUGAGUAUGUGCAUCCAUAUUUAGAUGGUGUAUAUAAUCCUCGCAACCGCACCUUCCGGGCAAACUGCUUUAACAGCAGGAAACUGAGUCCAGUCUUCACAGGCGGGCCAGGGUUGGACGAAGUCCCCCCUAUAUGGGUUGAUCGUGCGGGUGUGAAAGCCAAUAUUACAGAGAAUUUCACUCGUCAAAGCAAAUUCACUUAUGGGCUUGUCAUGGAAGAGAUAACAACACGCGAUGAAAGCAGUCAUAUUUCUCCAAAUGGUCAAAGGGUGUUGCCAAGUGGAGGAAUUAGUGCAGAUGGACCUCCAACAACACUCAGUGGCACUGGCAUUGACCGAAUGGCAUUUGCUCAGGCAAAUAUCACGCGUGAUAACACCAAUUUUGUGAAUGGAGCGAUAGUUGGUGAGAGGAAUGUGUUCCAGCUUGACCAAGGCCUUGGCAUCGGCAGCAAGUUUCCAUUUUUUAACCGCCACCAGUUAACAGUAACCCGAUUCAUCCAGCUAAAGCAAGUAGAGGAAGGUGCUGGUAAACCAGCACCACCUGUGCUGGUCCUUCAUGGCCAUUAUGGUGGCUGUGUGGGAGACCUCCCAAGUUAUGAUGCUUUUACACUUGGGGGACCGUAUUCAGUGAGGGGUUACAACAUGGGAGAGAUAGGUGCAGCCCGGAAUAUCCUCGAGCUUGCUGCUGAGAUGCGGAUACCUGUGAGAAACACACACGUUUACGCAUUUGCAGAACACGGAAACGAUUUAGGAAGUUCAAAGGAUGUGAAGGGUAACCCAACAGAGGUCUAUAGGAGAAUGGGUCAAGGUUCCUCAUAUGGUGUUGGGGUCAAGCUAGGGCUAGUACGAGCAGAGUAUGCUGUUGAUCACAACUCUGGGACUGGUGCCAUUUUCUUCAGAUUUGGGGAGAGAUUUUGAGAUCUGUUUCGAAGUCCCAAAGUUUUGCUAGGUACCAUUCAUCGUCACAUUUGAUGGCCGAAGAAUAUGUUUCACAAGCUGAGUUGUUCAGAAACUACACAUUUAUAAUUUGUACCGGGAUUCAUGCUUUUGGAAGUUUAUUAUUAUUUUAUUAGUCUUUUGUUUGAAUUGAAUCCCCCAACAAAUUUGUAUUUUUUGUUAUGAUCCAAGUAUGAAUUUUCUUUUCCCUUACAUGAAGAUUGUUGUUUUGGAUGACUGAA